GAUGAUGUCAUUCUACUGCGACACUCCAGGAAGAAGCGGUCGGAGGCAAAAUGGACGUGAAGUCAAAGCAAGAGACCGAGGGAGCUGGAGUCGGCUAAGUACUGAAAAUAGCAUCGUCUCGAGUCAGCUAAACCUCAACCCAGCGUGCCAAGGUCUACUAGUCGGCGAGAGGAGUCCAUGCGGCGGCGAUGGCGGACCGACGUGGGGACACCUGGAAGAGACACAUCUCCGAGCAGCUGAGGAUGCGGGACAGAGUCCAGCGCCAAGCCUUCGAGGAGAUCAUCAGCCAAUAUAACCGUCUGCUGGAGAAGUCUGACAUGCAGGCCGUUCUUUCGGAGCGGUACCAGAGUGAUGGACCCAGAGGAGCCCAACUCAGUGCGGCGGAUGGGGGCAUGCGGGGAGACAUCCAGCAGGAGAUGUCUCAGAUGAGGAUUAAACACCAAGAGGAGCUUACGGAGCUCCACAAGAAGAGAGGAGAGUUGGCCCAGAAUGUAAUCGAGCUGAACAACCAGAUCCAACUGAAGGACAAGGAGAUCCAGCGCAAUGAGGCCAAGAUCUCGGAGUACCAGACACAGAUCGCUACUCUGGAGGGAGACUGUCGAAAGCUCAACACUUUUCUCCAGGAUCUGGAGCGGGCCAAUCAGAUGCUGAAGGACGAGUACGACGCUCUGCAGAUCACCUUCAGCGCUCUGGAGGAGAAGCUGAGGAGGACGACUGAGGACAACCAGGAGCUCGUGUCUCGCUGGAUGGCCGAGAAGGCCCAGGAGGCCAACCGCCUCAACGCAGAGAACGAGAAGGACUGCAGGAGAAGACAAGCCAAGCUGCAGAAGGAGCUAGCAGACGCAGCCAAGGAGCCGCUGCCCCUCGACCCGGACGACGACAUCGAGGUUCUUGCCGAGGACGGCGGGAAGGGGCCGGGCGAGGCCUCGUCUCCCAGUCGAUCCCUGAGUCGGACCCCCAGUAAGAGGAUCUCUCAGGUUCCCCCUGGUGGCCUGCUGGACUCAAUCGGCAACAUAUUUGGGCGUCGCCCUGGUAACUCUCUGAGUACGUCACCAGAGAACACGGAGGCUCCAAUGGGAGGGGUGGAGGUUCGAGUCCCGUCCACGGCACUGCACGUCUUCGAGGCUCAUGAUGGGGAGGUGAACGCAGUGCGCUUCAGUCCAGGCUCUCGUCUCCUGGCAACCGGAGGCAUGGACCGACGGGUCAAACUCUGGGAGGUGGUCUCCGGUCACUGUGAACCUAAAGGAGCCCUCACUGGGAGCAACGCUGGCAUCACCAGUAUAGAGUUCGACAGCGCCGGCUCCUACCUGCUGGCGGCCUCCAACGACUUUGCGAGUCGCAUCUGGACUGUGGACGACUUCAGGCUGAGACACACCUUGACGGGCCACAGCGGGAAGGUUCUGGCGGCUCGCUUCCUAUUGGACAACACCCGCAUCGUUUCCGGGAGUUACGACCGCACCCUCAAACUAUGGGACCUACGCAGUAAAGUCUGUAUGAAAACGGUGUUUGCGGGCUCAAGUUGUAAUGACAUCGUCUGCACAGAGCAGUGUGUCAUGAGCGGCCAUUUUGACAAGAAGGUUCGCUUCUGGGACAUCAGGGCAGAGAGCAUUGUGAGGGAGCUGGAGCUUCAGGGUCGGGUCACCUCUCUGGACCUGAGCCAGGAGCGCACCGAGUUGCUCACCUGCUCCCGGGACGACCUCCUGAAGAUCAUAGACCUCCGAACCAACGAGGUCCGCCACACCUUCAGUGCCCCGGGAUUCAAGUGUGGGGCGGACUGGACCAGAGUCUGCUUCAGUCCUGACAGCAACUACGUGGUGGGGGGUUCUGCGGACGGCGGGGUCUACGUGUGGAACGUUCUGACGGGGAAACUGGACCGCCUCCUGGACAAGCACCACAGCUCGGCAAUCAACGCGGUGUCCUGGUCUCCGUCAGGAGCCUUCGUCCUCAGCGUGGAGAAGGGAAGCAAGGCUGUGCUCUGGUCCGACCUGUGAUUGGUGGCUCAGCGCUUUGUGUUCGACGUGGGAUUGGCUGCUCAGCACUUUGUUUUUCCGACCUCGGAUUGGCUGCUCAGCCCUCCGGUCCGACCUAGGAUUGGCUGCUCAGCCCUCCGGUCCCACCUGUGAUUGGCCACGGAACCAUCCAGAAGCUUGAACUUGGCGCAGCUGUUGACUGUAGAAGCAGCGCGGUGCUGCUGCUGCUGCUGGGAGCUCUGGAGGCAAGGGACAACACGAAUAUAUUCAUGUAUGUGUAUAGAUGUACAUCUAUAUAUCACGCAAAGACUAUUCUCUAAGCAAGCAGAGAAAUGCUUUUAAGACUGCUGUUGAUUUAAACAUUGGCUUUUAACGUUUGGGAAGCCUGUGUACAAUGUUUUAAUGUGGUGUUGUUGGUCCCUGUGACCCCCUCCCCCCCAAAUAUUGUCUGCUGCGUACGUGUGGAUGAAGUCACUGAAGUAAAAGCUCACCCACCAACCUUUGUCUUGGUGUCUUUGUACUCAGAAGCUCGGCCAAUGAGAACGUAGGAGUCGUCAACAAGAAAGAAAUGCACAUGUGUCAUGUUGUUUUAACUUUAUUGGUCUUUGCUGCUAGGUUAACUCUGCAAAGGACGGACCCCACACCUGUAACUAGCCGGUUAACUCUGCAAAGCAGAGGUAACUAGCCGGUUAAACAGAAAAACAAUAAGUUCAAUGCGAUAGGAACACAAAGGAAUAUCAAAACACUACAAGGCUGGUUAACCGGCUGGUUAACUCUGCAAAGCCAAAAACUUGGCAAGUUGGACCAGGAUCCGGCCUGGGAUUUGAUCUCGCUGGAAGUCAAUGGUCCAACUAAUCAGCGGGCAACCAAGCCUCAAGAGGAGUGCUCUUAAACAAGGCAGUUCCCUAUCCUUUCCCUUUUACUUAUCUAAUUCACAUCACAGCCACAAUAUCAAACUAAUUGGUGCUUUCUGAUUAGCUAGUUCAAGUCCAGAUGUUGCUUUUAAUGUAACUGAUUUAUCAGUUUAUCUGGCUCCACCUGCUGGCAAAUGUUUUUCUAUUACUUUAAAUUGCCUGCCCAGUGAUAUUGGUCUUAACAACUUUGAAUAUAAUUCAACACAAGCUGCUAUGGGUGUAGAACCACAAACGUGUAGGACUAGCCCCUGUUUUAACUCUGACCUUCCCUGGCCAAACUUUCAACCGGUCACUCCCACCUGCAUAUCUGCCCACCUGCCUGUCCUCGGUUAAGGAGCUUCUGAGCUUGGCCACUAAACUGCUGAGUCUGAUAACGUGGGCUUAAAGAGUCUGUCUCCAGUAUGUGUAUGCUUAUUUAUUCAUGGCUUUGAAGACUGGAUUCUGAUUGGUCAAUCACGGCUCUAAUCCUAAUUCUGUUGAAUAACUGAACGUGGCUAUGGACACUAUUUCCAACAGGUGAAUCUAACAAGUUUGUGAAAUAAAGAUUUCUUAAAU